AUGAGCUUAAUCAGUAGUGUUUCUGGAUUUGCUGCUUUUGGUGUUCUUGUCCGUACAUACGCCCUUGGUUUACAAAAGCGCCCACUUUUCUCUAAUCCUAGUGGACAUUUAAUAGCUGCAGGUGUUUUCGGUUCAUUUGGUUAUUUUAUUUAUAAUGUGCAAGAAAGACAAACAGCUCUUAUUGCUGCUAAAAAGGAAGUUAUGAUAAAAAAUAGAGCCCGUGCAGAAGAACUUGCAUCACAAUAA